AUGGACCAGAUGCAUAAAAAGGACGUUCUCGGCGUCCCCCGGCCCCUCCUUGACGACCCCCCGCCGCGGCCCGCGGGCGGCGCCGCCGAGCCCGCGCCCGCGGCCCCUGGGUCUGGCACACAGCUGUUCUACCCGGUGCGCGACCUGGCGCGGCUGCCGGACCGGCCGGACCCCGGGCUGAUCGGCAACCUGCAGGGGGCGUUCAUGGGCAGCCCUGUAGCUUACGCGCAGCUGCUGCCCAACCACCUGGAGGUGUCCUAUCAGGUGCUCUCAACGAUCAUGCUGUGGCCGCCGAUGGAGGUGUUCCACCCCUUCUACGUGGACUACGAGCUGGCCGCCUCCCACCUCUCCGCCCUGCGGCGGCGGGCGCUGCGCUCGGGCACGCGGCGGCGGCGGCGGCCGCGGCGGGCGGUGGUCAGCGCGAAGGCGGGCGGGCUGACCCCGCGGAGCUCGUGA